AUGAGAAUUCCAAGAAACAUAUCAUCGUUAGUAACGGAACAGGUACCGGGUCAAGAUGGCGAGAUGGCUGUGGUUAGGGGUAAGACAGCACAAUGGUUAGAGAGUGAAUUUACUGACCAGAACGUCCGUAGUCCGAACCCGACCUCUGCCUCUCGACUUUCCCUGUCUAGGCUUCGGCAACCUGGCAGUAUCCGAGCCCUCGUGCUUUCUUCUGGUGGCAUGGCAGCUAGGCGCCAAAAGGGUGCUACAGCUGAACGAGUUUUUUUAUAA